AUGACCAAGGUUCUUGUUUUCCUACUGUUCAUAUUAAUGAACACCAUGCUUAUCUGCAAUUCCCAACUUUCCCCUUCCUACUAUGAUGACACUUGCCCUAAUGUCCUUUCCACCAUCAGGACUUCUAUCAGGCAAGCCGUAUCACGUGAACGCCGCAUGGCUGCAUCCAUCAUCCGUCUUCAUUUUCACGAUUGCUUUGUUCAGGGAUGUGACGCUUCAAUCUUGUUGAGCGAAGAAGCUGUCCCCGAUAGCGAAAGAACCGCCCUUCAGAAUAACAAUUCCGCUAGAGGUUUUGAAGUUAUUGACGAUGCCAAGGUUGAGGUGGAAAAAGUUUGUCCCGGGGUUGUUUCUUGUGCAGAUAUCCUUGCUGUCGCGGCACGAGAUGCCUCAGUUGCAGUUGGUGGACCAUCAUGGACCAUAAAACUUGGAAGAAGAGAUUCUACAACAUCAAGCCGUUCUGAAGCUGAAGAUAACUUACCACGGUUUACUAAUAGUCUCCAGGAACUUAUUGAUAAUUUUGAUGAAAAAAAUCUCAACGUGAGGGACUUGGUAGCCUUAUCGGGUGCCCACACGAUUGGUCAAGCACAAUGUGUAACGUAUCGUGGAAGAAUAUACGACAAUACUAGCGACAUUGAUGCAGGCUUUGCAAGCACCCGACAACGUGGUUGUCCCAACACUGUCGGUGAUGGGGAUAAAAAUCUUGCACCUCUUGAUCUUGUGACGCCGAAUUCGUUCGACAACAACUAUUUUAAGAAUCUAGUUCAAAAGAAAGGUCUUAUUGCAUCUGACCAAAUACUUUUUAGUGGACAAGAAACUGAUAGUAUCGUUAAUGAGUACAGUAAUGACCCGGCAAUUUUCAAAGCUGAUUUUGCCAAUGCCAUGGUGAAAAUGGGAGAUAUUAGCCCUCGUACUGGGGAUAACGGAAUCAUAAGAAGAGUUUGCAGCAUUCUUGCCUAGUGGA